AUGGCAGCCAUUCGCCAGAAUCCAAUUUCUUGUAGUGGACACACACGACCUGUUGUUGACCUUAAGUUUAGUGGAGAAUCAGAAUGUGGAUCUCUGCUUGUGACCGCUUCAAAGGAUGGGAAGGCGAUGCUGCGCACCGGUGACACGGGGGAUUGGAUUGGCACCUUUCUUGGUCAUCGUGGUGCCGUCUGGUGUUGUACAAUGGACGACGCCGGAAAAAAAGCGGCUACCGGUGCCGCAGAUUUCUGUGCGAAAGUCUGGGAUGUUGAAACAGGAGAUGAAAUGCUUUCAAUCUCACAGGAUCACAUCGUUCGCGCAGUAGAUUUGAGCGUUUCAGAUGGUGGGAAACGGCUCAUGACCGCCAACAACAAACAACAGGUUCAUGUUUAUGACCUGGAAGCUCCUUCUGCGCCCGUCAUCACACUUCCGGGCCAUAAGAAGACUAUCCGAAGGUGCUUGUGGACGGAUAAUGAUAAUCGUGCCCUCACAAUUUCCGACGAAAAAAUUAUAAAGUGA